CAUCCACACCAGAAUCUCUGCGCUCGAAGCGUCUGUUUGACUCCAAUUCGUUCUCUCACGCCUUUCUGCGUCGGUAGAGUGAAAGAUCCAAAGAGCAUGCGGGAAGACGGCGCCAAGCCAUACAUUAUUUCCGCUUCACAUCAGUAGCUUUCAUUGGUUUCUCCUAUCACAACAUCAAGACAUAUUCGUCAUGGCACCGAUAAAAGUCCUCGUUACCGGCGGUACCGGCUUUCUAGGCUCAAGAAUUGUCGAAGCCCUCAUAGAAGCCAAAUCCUUCGAAAUCACGGCCCUGGACAUCAACCCACCCGCACUCGGUACCCAAUCGUAUCCUGAAGUUAAAUAUGUGCGCGCCAACGUCCUCCAACAAGAAGAACUGCGGAAGGCUUUCAGUGAGGCAAGGCCUACUAUUGUGAUCCACACGGUGGCCGUUAUUCCGCUCGGGGACGCGCGAUAUAGUACGAAGGGCAAAGAGGCGGUGUUUGAGGUCAAUGUAGGAGGUACGAGGAAUGUUCUCAAUGUGUCGAAGGAGUGUGGUGCAAAGGGCUUGGUGUAUACGUCGAGUGUGACUGUGGUGCUGGACGAGCUCGAGGUAGACUUUAAGAACGUUGACGAGACUUGGCCAACUGGGAGGGCGACGACGACGUAUGGGCAAUCUAAGGCGGCGGCCGAAGCCCUUGUUCUAUCCUUCAACACUUCCGACUUCUUGACGUGCGCCCUUCGCUCGGCCGUCCUCUUCGGACCCCAAGACCCAACCUGUAUUCCCAUCCUCCACGGUUGUAUCGCGCGAGGUGAGACGCCCUUCAUACUUGGCGAGGGCACCAAUCUCCAGGACUACGCCUAUGUGUGUAACGUCGCAGACGCGCAUGUCCUUGCCGUCCGCAAUCUCCUUGACUCUGGCACGGCAGCCGGGGAAGCCUUCUUCAUCACCAACGGUGAGCCCGUAACGGCACGAGACAUCUGUAUCGCGGUCUGGAAAGAGUUUGGACAUGUACCGUCGUUUCAGGUCAGGAUUCCAGAAGGACUGGCGUGGUGGCUGGCACUGGGCAUGGAGCGGCUAACUUGGAUGACUGGAUCGAAGAGUACGUUGAGUAGAGGUAUGAUUCUGGAUGUGACCAAGAAUAGAUAUGUAAGCAUAGCGAAGGCGAGAAGGGUACUGGGAUAUGAGCCGAAGGUGAGCUUGCCGGAGGCUAUGCGGGUGAGCUGUGAGCACUUCAAGCAACGAUGGAGCGAACAAGAGAAGAGGUGAUCUGUUGCUCUGCUGUAUAUGUCCCUGCGGAGAUGGCGGUAUACAUUGGCCAAUUUCAGUUGGAAGGGGGUUAGGGUCGGUGGGCGGGUCUGCGAGGAGUGCAACGUUUUAGCGUCACCCACGCCCCUGCCUGUUCAAGACUUUGAGGAGCGCUCUGCGCAGCCACACAGACGCGCUACGCAACCUAGGAACUGAAAUGUGGGGAAGGGGCUUGUCGAUGAGAAAACGCGUGCGGGUCACUAUGUCAAAGGUUGUCAUUAUAAUCCCUCUUAUGCAGUUAGGCGCCUUCGAAAACUGGUGAAUCCGCACCUGGAUUGCUCCAGCGUAUAUGGAAAUGCGAUGUUUACCUCCGGCUACUCGCGGGGUGGACAUCACGCACACAUAGCGGUUG